ACCAACAACCUAAUUAUGGAGUUAGUGAGAACUCAUAAUAGAGGGGUUGGGGUCGGUGCGCUGCAGCGCUGUGAGCCUGGGGCCCACGGGAUAGGUAGUUCCCACGGGGCGGGUUGUCACAAAAAAAAAGCUAGGAGCCAUGAAAAGUGUUAAUUCAACUUGUUGCAUUGCAGAGUUCUCCAAGUACUGAGGGUGCGAGUAGCGCGGCUCCAACGCCAGACCCGUCAUUCGAAUGAAUCACCUCCAGGCUCUCUGAUGCUUCUUCUCCAAGCAACUCUUUCAAUGAGCUCUCCAUCCACUCGCUGAACUGAGUGUAGUGCUCGAACGGUCCACCGUCCAUGCCUCCAUGGCAAUCACAGAUUUCUUCUGUGUUUCCCCAUCUUCGGUGUGUCUCUUACUAUUUUCUUGAGGAUUCUGUAUAUCCCUGCAGCAGAUAGACGAGCUCCUCGGGUAGCGAUGAUGUUACAGAGACUGAUCACAACUUUUCUCAUCUUCAGAGAAGUCGUAGGGACCUGAAAGUUCAUUAAUUAAAAGAAACUUUACGUUGAGACUUCAUUAAUAUAUGUUUACUGUGAAAUCCUUAAUGCAUAUCUAAGAUUCUGACCUCUAAUAUGUCCUUGAACUUGCUUCCGACAACCUUCAAAUUCGGAGAAGUAUAGCGGCGCAUAGCAGACAUGUUUGGGUCCUGCAUACAGCCAAAUUUGAAAGUUGCUUCGAUCAUCCUUAACUAAAACUACCAACAAAAAGGAUAAUGGAGUUGGGUGAGUAACAUAAUCUUGCUCAGUGAGCUGGGCCUCUAACCUAGUAACAAACUGAUAAUUUUUUUUAUCUAUUUUAUAAAGAGUAUCAUCUGAGAAAUUUAUAUAUCUAUAUAUAUAUAUAUAUCAAAAAAAUCAUUUUAAAUUUCUCUUUUAUCCUCUAUUCAUAUACAAAAUAUUAGAAAAAAAUUCAAGAUAUUGUGUUGAUCUGAAUUGGUAAUAUCCACUAUGCACCAGCUUGAAUUAGAUUUUUGUUAUACUAUGUUAAUGGAAAUAUUGAUUAAUUAAUAAGUUUUGAACUAGCACAAGUAGCCAUGGACAUUUGGUUCGGUAUUUUUGAUUUUUCGUUCUAAAAGCUUAGGAUUCGUUUGAGUUUUAAAAAAUUUGGUUUGGUUUUGGUUUGAUUUGGUUCGUUUUAUUAUUCGAUUUGGCAACAAAGUUGAGAACCGCCUAAUUUCUAAAGUAAUUUUGGAUCCCAUUCAGUUCUGGAUUUUGGGUUAACUCGGGUUAAAUCAGAAAUUUUGGAUUUUUGAGUUUUUUUUAAUCUAUUUUUGAGUUGUCUGAUACAAAUUUAGAUAAUUUUAAAUAUUUUUGAUAAAAAAGUUUUGGCAAUUCGUUUUUUUGGGUAUUUUGGUCUAUAAAUAAUAUUUUAAAAUUAUUUGAUUAUUUUAAAAUUAGAUAUAAUUAACAUUUAUAAGUAUAUAUACUAUAUUAGGAUUCGAUCGGUCCGGUUCCGGUUUGGUCUUGGUUUUCCGAUCCUAGAGAUAUAAGAUCUAGUGCGAUAAUUGCUAUGAUCUAAACCUGAACCAAACUUUGUUUUUCUAUUCAGUCCAUUUUAGUUUUUUUUAGUUCCAGAUAAAUGUGUCUAGAGGUAAGUACAAGUUAGGGUUUAAUAAGAUAUAAAUAAAUCAAAACCGAAACCCUAGUUUCAUUAGUGUGCUCGGCAGGUAAGCGCAGACAUGAAUACGGCCAAGGAUUUGAUCAUGAAAAAGAAUAUACAAGAAGUGGUUAGUUCUACCGAUUGGUCCAAACUUUCCCCUGAUGUUUUGCGAAAGAUCUUCGAAACCUUGAACCCCCUUGAUUCUCACCAAUCAAAACUCGUUUGCUCAGAUUGGUAUUCCGUCUGGAAAACAUGCGAUAAUCUGCCUCCAUGUCCGCUUCAGAUCAUACACAUAGGUGGUUCUCCGAUCUUGUCCGAACACAAUGUCUACCGAACAGAACCAGACGGACAAGAUUUACACAAGAACCCUCGCCGGAUCAUACACGAAGAAGGUGGUUCUUCUACCUGGUCGGAAAACACUCACUACCCAUUAACACUCGCCGGAAAAAGACUAAAGAGGAGCUCUUGUAUGGCUAGCUACGGGAGUUGGCUCCUGAUGGUUGAUUAUCGUGACAUCCAUCUUUUGAACCUUAUAACGUUUGAGAGGAUCAAUCUUCCAACAAUGAAUCUGCCAGCACUUGAUACGAACAAUAAUUGGGAACGUGAAUCCUUAAGCGGGAAAGAAGUGUCGAGAGACGAUUUCCAAUGGAAAAACGCAGCUGUUCUAUGGAUAGAAGACAUGUCAGGUGAUUAUUUCGUUGCUUGGAUAUUCCGACAGACUUACUUGAUCUCACACAAGAAAGGAGAUGAGUCGUGGUCGAGUUUCAAUAUCCAAGGCAACGGUUCGGGUUUCAUGGAUGCGGCUUAUAGGAACAGUAAGCUUUACGUGUUGACAGUUGAUAAGCAUAUCAAUAUUUUCGACUUCUCUCUAGAUUUACCUAGAAAGUGUAACCGUUGUAAGUACACUCCUUUUCGCUUUGAUGAGAAACCGUGGGAAAGUGUUUGGAAGACGAGACUAGCUGUUAAGGAAUCAGGAGAGGUUCUCAUCGUCCUGAGCUUAAAAGAAGUGAAGAACGAUCAAGAGAAGCUUUUGUUUUACGUAUUUAAGAUGAAUCUUGAGAGUUGCAAGUGGGAGAGAGUGUACUCUAUUGGAGACAACGAGAUGUUGAUUUUUGGUCAAGGUGUUACGGUAAAAGCACCGGUUAAAGAUCGUUUUGGUCAUGGAAUCAAGAGUGGUUCAAUAAAUUUCGUUGAAGAUGAUGUUGGGCCAGAUGAUGAUGAUGAUCAUCAUGGUUCGGUCUGCGGUGUCUUCGAUCUUGCUACAAGUAGAAUCGAAUGGCCUAAGAAAACAUGUUAUUACAUAAGCAGAACUCAGUGGUUUGUUCCUGGAGUUGCUUAUUAUUAGUCUUUUUGUUUAAGUAGUUUUUUUUCUUCAGUCUUGGUGAAGUAAUUUUGUUUCUUUCAGACCUUUUUAUUUAUUCGUCUUUUUGUUUAUGUAGUUUUUUCCUCAGUCUUGGUGAUUCCCACCCACGUUACUAUUUUGGGACAACAUAGAGUUUUCUUUUAGUCUUUUGAUUGCAAAAGUGCGGCUGUAGCGAUGAAUGACUAAAUGUGUUAAAAUGCAACGAAAGUGCCUUAGAUGAUAAUAAACGGCAUACAGACCAGUAGAUUUGUUUAUUUUGUCAAAUGGUAGAAAUAAAAGACCUUAAAAUUAAAGUUGAUAACUUGACAUCCAACAGAUUCAGCUUUUAUUUUCAUGAAACGAAUAAAAUAACUUUUUUUCUUACAAAGAGGACACGUGUUCUUGAUCAUUAGCCAUUCCUUGAUGCAUCCGAAGUGAAAGUCAUGCUCACAUGGCCACAUCCAAGUUUAGAAGCGUCAUCAUUGUACUUAAAUUCGUACAGACACACCACAGAUUUUUCUGAUUGCCCCCAGCGUUUAAACCACCAGCGUAAACAUCUCUCAUCUGCUCAUCAAAGUAUAAUAAUACCUAACAAGAGUUAUAUAUAAUAAACGCAGAAAGAAAGAAAACAUGUCCCUUAGUGCGGCUCCUCGGGUCAGAAAGAAAACGUGUGUUAGGGUGAACAACAACAAAUAGCUGGACUUAACUCAGAUUUAGGAAAUAAACUAUACUCUUUUUCUGUGGUUUUUAUUUGUGCAUCUAAUUUAUAAAGUUUUAAUUUGAUUAAGAAAUUAAACAGAUAUGAUUAAAUGAAUUGCUGUCUUCCGUAACAUCUCAUUUUCUUUUAUAGUGCGGGAUUUAAUACGCAUUCCAAUGGACCAUUAAUACAUGAAAAACGAUAAAGCUCUUUUCGUUUCGUAUGAAUGCUAAGGAUGGCGCAUGCGAUAAAGAUUUAGAAAAUGUGUUACGUAUGAUUGUAUGAAUGAUAAUGUGCCUUCCAAAGUCAAACUGAAGA